AUGGCGACGAGAAGCGAGACGCCCGUCGUGCUGUGCGAGGCCUCUUGCGCUGGGAGCCUGCCCUCGCUGCCCGGUCAGAAGACAUUUUCUGCUAAUUAUUCUAGAAAUAUCUUCCAGCAACUCACUGAAGACAGCAAGAAAGGUCCUUCAAUUGAAGGGCUGCGACGCAUUCCUCCCUCGAUGUCCGUCUACCCAGCAGAGACCACCUCCGGCGUGGUCACGUCCUGGAUACCGCUGACAACCGUCUGGACUGCAUCGGCCGGCUGCUCCGACUCCUUUCGUCUCGACGGGCCCAGCCUGGUAGCCUUCGAUCCUGGCUAUGGCCUCGACAUCGACCACAGAGUCAUCUGCCAGCCUCCGGCCGUGACGACAUGGUGGGAGCAGGGGCUGCUGGGAGGCGGCGAUCAAUCAGGCCAUACGGCCGUCAACAUCCUGCCUCUGACCUGUCCUGAGGGGUUUUCGACCGUGGUUACGUCUACCAGGGACCAUUCCAGCACGCUGGCGAUGUGCUGUCCGUCAGGCUAUUACCUCGCCAAUGGACAGACUGGCCAAGUUGAAGGGGACUGCUUGUCCACGGUGCUACCCGGGAUGACAUUGACGUAUGCUUCUGCUCCGGCAACGGAGUCCACAGCAUGGACGAUCGUGACGACGACGUUGACGUCGUCUUCGACCGUGGGAGCAAUUGCGGUCGUGGGGUGGAAUGUCGCGAGUCCAACGACAACGACAUCGAGUGCAACUUCACUAGCAUCAACCGGCUCUGCUACCAGCUCAACUGUCUUUACCACAUCGUCUGCUAUCCACUCCGCUGCCGUACAAACAUCUUCUUCUUCUUCUGUCCGUCCCUCAGACAAUCUCUCGACAGGCGACAAGGCAGGAAUCGGCGUGGGCGUUUCCCUAGGGAUCAUCGAGCUGAUCGCAUUACUAUGGACCGUCCUUUUGCUUCGACGAAAACGGGCAGAACCAACCACCACUAACAAUAACAAUAACAAUAAUCAAGGGACCAUGGACACCUUCAAAGGCCUUCUUCCUCCCUACUCGGAAGUGCAAUAUCAUCCUGCACCGCCCCUGGAACUCCCCGGGCAAUGGGAUCCGCCGGAAUUGGCUGACGGUCAGCAGAGGUCGCCGGUAGAGCUGGAGUAG